CCCUGACCACAAAAAGAAAUUGUAACCAUCCGUCACAAGUUAGUAACCGCUGGUUGUGAGUGAGUUUUUAACUUUUAAUCAAAUUCAACAGAGCAACGACACCCCCACUCCUUUGGCGUGUCCGCAAUGGAAAGGGAGAGAGUAAUCAAAAUUCAAAAAAACUGGGCCGUGUAGUUUUCGUUGUCUUUGUCUGCCUGGCGGAAUUGCGAGGGAGACCCUUUUAAGCUCAACUACUUAAGGCCAGCGGCAGUUACCUUUAAGAAACCAAAUUCCCCCUUUCUCUCUCUCCCCCUCAUUCCCUCGUUUCAACAAAUCACACUUCCUACCCCCUCCUGUUUCUCCGGAUUCCGUUCCACAACAGCGCCCUUCCUAAAUUCACUCGCAACCCCCAAUCGGAAUCCUCGCACGCCGUCUCGGCGGCAGGAAUUCCGAAAUUCCCCUCUUCCCCUCCACUCCACAGUCUUUCCCGCCGGAAUCCUCGUGGCUCCUUCCACAGCUCACGAGUUCGACGAGGAGCAGGAGACGGUUCCGCAAUUGAUGACCGGAUGAUGACGGCGGCAGAGGAAGAGUACGGAGCCGGCGAUGAGGCGGAAUCGCCGUACCUGUUCGGGAAAUACGAGGUCGGGAAGCUGCUGGGAUGCGGGGCGUUCGCCAAAGUGUACCACGGCAGGAACGUGGCGACGGGGCAGAGCGUGGCCAUCAAGGCCGUCAGCAAGCGCAAGGUCCAGAAGGGUGGGCUCGCGGCGCACGUUAAGCGGGAGAUCUCUAUCAUGCGCCGCCUGCGCCACCCCAACGUCGUGCGCCUCUUCGAGGUCCUCGCCACAAAAUCCAAGAUCUAUUUCGUGAUGGAGUACGCCAAGGGCGGCGAGCUCUUCUCCAAGGUCGCCAAGGGCCGCUUCUCCGAGGACCUCAGCCGCAAGUACUUCCAGCAAUUGGUCACCUCCGUCGGCUACUGCCACGCCAGGGGAGUCUUCCACCGCGACCUCAAGCCGGAGAACCUCCUCCUCGACGAGAACUGGGACCUCAAGGUCUCCGACUUCGGCCUCAGCGCCGUCCAGACACAAAUCGGCUCCGACGGCCUGCUCCACACCUUGUGCGGGACCCCUGCCUACGUCGCCCCCGAGAUUCUCGCAAAGAAGGGCUACGACGGCGCCAAGGUCGACAUCUGGUCCUGCGGUGUCAUCUUGUUCGUCCUCGUCGCCGGCUACCUCCCUUUCAACGACACCAACCUCAUGGCCAUGUACAAGAAGAUUUACAAGGGUCAGUUCCGCUGCCCCAAAUGGACCUCGCCGGACCUCCGCCGCUUCCUCUUCCGCCUCCUCGACGCCAAUCCGGAGACGAGAAUCACCGUCGACGAAAUCCAGCACGACCCCUGGUUCAGGAAGGAUUACAAGGAGGCGAGUUACUACCAGGUGGUGGAGGGUUUUGAUUUGAAGAAAGAGGACGGCGGCGAGCGAAGCCUGAACGCGUUCGACCUUAUCUCGUUCUCCUCCGGCUUUGACCUCUCCCGCCUGUUCAACGAGUCCGGCGACGACACGUCCGCCUGCGGCGAGCAGUUCGUGUCGGUGGAAACGCCAGAGAGAAUCAUGGAGAGAGUGGAAGAGGUAGCUAAAGAGGAGUGUGUGACGGUGACGGAGAGGAGGAAGUCGGGGCUGAAAUUGGAAGGGCGGAAUGGGAAUUUCGUCAUGUUGCUCGAAAUUUACCGCUUGACUGAGGAGCUGGUGGUGUUUGAAGUGAGGGAAAAGGAGCUAAACGUGGUGUCCGGUCAGGAAAUCUGGAAGUACAGGCUAAAGCCGCAGCUCCGCCGGUUGGUAUACCAGGCCGGAAGCGCCGUCUCCGGUGCCUGACAGGAAAAGGAAUUGUGACCACUGACCAAUGUGGUGGAUUAAAAAUGUGGAAUCUGGCAUCAAAAUUACAGGCUAAUUUGGGGAUUAUUAAUGCCCAUUUCUGUCCCGGGUUGUGUAAAUGAUUUUUGCCCGGUGAACAAGUUAAUUAUUAUAGUUAUGGGAAUUGGAAUACCAAUUCAUGAUCAUGACUAAUUAUCUAUCUGCGUCCUGUAUCAGAUCUCUCUGUUUGUCGUCUAUACUAUUCUAUGCGCUAUAUCACAAGAGAAGAGAAGAGAAGAGAAGAGAAGAGGUCUCGGCGGUACAAUCAAGUGGUACUUUGGCAUUUAAUUUGCUGGUUUCGGUGUAGUUUCAUGUUCCUUGCAUUGGGUCUCUUUUUGGUUGUGCAGCGAGCGCAAAGAGAAAAUCAACCAAUUCCUUUGUCGUUGCGUCACACUGUGUGAAACUGAAAUGGGCAACCCUUUGCCAUUUUCCCGUGCAUUUCUUGUCAAAGUAUAGAAAGGGAGGGUAGGCACUUUCUCACUUUGCAUCUAACCUGUUUGAUAGAUUGCCUAAAAGGGAAGAACAACAGCCUAGGUUAGUCGCUUGUCAAAAAUAACUGCUCCCAGAUCGAGUCCUGACUUGAGAUAAGCAAAUUCUUCCUGGAACAGGAACGUCAUGUGUGUGUUAAUACAUUAAAAAUCCCAAGCUUCCUCUAAUUAGUUGAUGUGUAGGAUUACUAGCCGAAUUUGGUUGUGGUGCAUGCAUCUGUUCAUUCAUAAGGCUGUGGGUUGUUGGACGCAAAGGCCGGCCUAACGGUUGUUAUGAUUUAAAGUCGUAUUAUCUGCCGUCAACUGAAAGUCACAUAAUACAAAAUUAUGCAUAUU